AUGAGUGCCAAUACUGACCGCCUCGAUGGCAGAGGAGGGACCAUUACGAUCCUCGACCUGCCACCAAACACUCUUGUAGGUCUGGAUUUGCUGUCAUUCAAUUCGUCACCAAAGUUCCAUGGCAUCAAAGACGUACCUACUGGACCUCACUUUGUAUACACCGGAACGGACGCAUCAUUAUCGAUUCGCCAUGGAUGCUGGAUCGACGUUGGUGGCUCAACGAUUGACCACGUGCUAAGAUGGAACGAACAUGACGAGUUCCUAGAUAUCGUCACCAAUGCAAAAGCUGUCGCGCUAAAGGCCGGUCCGAACCUGAUCAACUAUGCUGCCAUUCAGGCUGCAACGGCAAACCUUCAGACCUCUGAGAAAAGCACACAAGAUGACGAAAGCAGGAGGGAGAACGAACCCAGUAAUUCAGACUGGGCACAGCUUACGGAAGGCAUCGACUCAACAACAAUAUCACGUAUCAUCCCAUCCACUUCCAUAACGUCUAUCUCAUCCGCGCCAGCAGACGCCGAGACUAUCCCCGGCCUAGUAUCAUCAGAAGUCGAAGCAGCUCUCCCGGCUAACUCACACCUGAACUUGAUCCCUAUCAACCUCAAGCAGACAUGGGCAGAGGGCGACAUUGGCUCCGUGCGAACAGAACGAGCCCGUGAUCGAAGCUGGUAUCUGGACCAUAUCGCGUCUAAUUUGGGCUGUUCCAUUCGUUCCAUAUACCCAGAGGGCGGACCACGUGUGGGCUACCAAGAGAUCCUAGCCGAGCUACGCUUUACCUUCCUGAUGGUCCUCACGCUCGCCAACUACAGUUGCUUGGAGCAAUGGAAGCGACUGCUUACACUCCUCUUCACCUCCAAGAGUGCGUUGUCAAAGAUGGAGAACUACUACAUCGACGUCUUGCAAACGCUGGCUUUGCAACUCAUCCACGCCGACGACGUGGAAGGAGGGCUGUUCGAGUUAAGGGAGGAGAGCGGGAGCGGAUGGCUACGAAGCUUGAUGCGAAAAUUUCGAGGUUUCGUGGAGGAUGAGCUGCCAGAUACCGGAGGAACUUUGCGCAAGGAGCUUGGGCGGUUUGAGAAGAUGUUAAACGAGCAAUUUGGAUGGGAGUCAGGCAAUGACUGGGCGAGACGAGGUACGGUGCAGUUAGAGGACGGCGAGGUGAUCGAAGUGGCAUUAGAUGAUGCCGAUGAGGACGAGGAGGCUGGGGAUUGGGCUCCUGUUGUUGUUGAGACCUGA